GAGGGCAUCAACAUGGCGGCCUCCUUGCGUCUCGGUCGUCAAGGAAUUUUAUUCGGACUUAAAUUAUCUAACUUAAACAAAUCUUUAUGGAGCACGCAGUCAUUACAGGAGAAUGCCAGACAUUUUUUUCAGUCUCCAUGGGUCUCUGGUGUUGCCCCGCUAAAUGUGCAAAUGCCGGCUCUCUCACCCACCAUGGAGGAGGGAAACAUUGUAAAAUGGCUGAAGAAAGAAGGUGAAGCAGUGGCGGCAGGCGAUGCCCUCUGUGAAAUUGAGACUGACAAAGCUGUAGUCACCAUGGAAUCUAAUGAUGAUGGUAUCUUGGCAAAAAUUUUGGUAGAGGAGGGAAGUCGCAACGUGCGACUGGGAACACUAAUUGCUGUCAUGGUGGAAGAAGGACAGGACUGGACACAGGCUGAGAUUCCAUCUCAAACUGCACCUCCACCUACUAUACCUGAGACUGUUGACACUGCUGCGCCCCCUGCUGCUCCUUCACCACCUUCUCCACCAAAAACAGUCCCAAUAGAAGUAUUACGACUAAGCCCGGCAGCAAGACACAUCCUGGACACUCAUGGUGUUGAUCCAAAACUCGCCACACCUACUGGACCCAGAGGACUAAUCACUAAGGAAGAUGCAUUAAAUCUUCUGAAGAAGACUCCAGUGCCAAAAGCGACUGCCCCACCACCUCCGAGUCCGGCCCUAACCCCAGCAGCUAUUGCAUCACCACUAGGCAGCAGACCAAACAUACCUCCGCUUUCUGUACCUGGAAAGCCAGGCGCACCGGGCACUUUCACAGAGCUUCCAGCAUCAAAUGUCCGCCGCGUGAUCGCUCAAAGACUAACGCAGUCAAAAACCACCAUCCCCCAUGCUUACGCCUCUAUUGACUGUGACAUGGCUGCAGUCAUGAAGCUACGUAAAGACUUAGCCAAAGACCAGAUCAAAGUUUCUGUUAAUGAUUUCAUUAUCAAGGCAGCUGCUGUCACACUUCAGGAGCUACCAGAUGUGAAUGUGAGCUGGUCAGAUAACGGACCCCAAGCACUUGAUUCUAUUCACAUUUCAAUUGCUGUUGCAACUGACAAAGGCCUCAUUACCCCCAUCAUCAGAGAUGCUGCAAACAAAGGAGUUCAGGAGAUCUCAGUUAAUGCAAAGGCAUUGGCUCAGAAGGCUCGAGAUGGAAAACUUUUACCUGAAGAGUACCAGGGAGGCUCAUUCAGCAUAUCCAACUUGGGGAUGUUUGGCAUUAGUGGCUUCAGUGCUGUGAUCAACCCUCCGCAAGCUUGCAUACUUGCUGUCGGGACCUCCAGAGCCCAAUUAAGUCUGUGUGAGGACAACCAGACACUAGGCACCCGACAUCUGAUGACAGUCACCUUGUCGAGUGACGGGCGGCUUGUCGAUGACGAACUGGCCUCGAGAUUUCUUGAAAAAUUUCGUGCCAAUCUGGAGGAACCUCACCGCAUGGCAUUAGCUUAAAAUAUACUGAACUCUCUUUAGAAAUAAGGCAGACACAAUUUCAUUAAAUGCCUGCCCUUCGCCUCGUCACUCUGUUGCAGGUUUAAGUAGAUGCAGGAUCUCCUUUGUGGUCUUUGGCAGCCAUUUGGCUUUGUGAUGAAAGUGUGAAAUCAAGCUUCUGUUAGUGAUGGAGAAAUAUACUAGUACCAUCUGCCAGUGUGAAUAUAAGGGAACAUCAAAUUUGUUUUAUAUUCCUUCAUCACAACACUCAUGUUUGUGUAUACAUAUAUUUAACAGUCAGUUCUGUUGCGUCUACACUGUCAAAAUUUAACAAAAACAAAUACCACUUUAAACAUCAUUAAAGAUUAUUUGUGAUAUUUAUUAAACCUAUUUUUACGACAUUUCCUGUUACAUUCAUAAUUUAAUGUCCGGAAAAGGAUGUUAUUAAGGUAACUAAUACCAAAGUCCCUCAUGCAGACAUUUUGCAAUCAUAUUUAUGUGAGAUGCUCUUUCAUGCAAAUUAAAAGUCUCAUGAUUGACCGUAAAUGUAUUUUGGGGACUCAUUUCGUCAUUUCUGUGAACCAUAUUAGCAAUAAGAUACAGUAAAACCACAGAUGUGUUUUAAUUAAAGUACAAAGAGGAUCAUCAAGGAGAAAGAUUUCAUAGAAGCCAAUUAGGAUAACCCCUCUGGCAAAUACAAUGGUUAGCCUAUGCCAGCAGAUGUUAAUAUUAGCCCCUAGUGCUCUGGACAGCUGUUUAUAUACAGAUCUACAUCAGUUGGUGGAGCUUUUAUUUGUUUAUUGGAUUAUACCCCGAAAUAGGCAAGAUUGUAAUAAGGCUGUGUUUUACUUGAUUUGAUGAAACA